AUGAAGUGUCAAUAUCAUGAAGGUUAAGUUAAGACCCACAUCUGUUUAAAAGGCUUAUGCAAACAUGCUGUCCUCUGCCCAAUUUGUAUUGCCAAAGAUCACCAAAAUCAUAUGACGAUAGAGCUCUUAUAAUUUAAAAGAUCAGUUGCUAACUUGAUUUUACAACAUGAUAAUCCAGAACCUUUAGAUACUCUAAAUGAAUUGACACUUUAAAUUGCAAAGUUUGAUUAAAUUCUCCAAGAAAGUCUAAAACUAUUGUACCAAAAAAGAAAGGAAACAAUUGAGUUUGAUCAUUUCAAACAAGUAGAAGGAAUCCUCCAAGUUGAGCAUCCUACCAACUCUUAAUAAAUGGCUUUAAAAAAGGUUGGAUAACAUAUGCUCUUUUAUAAAGAUUAAUCAAAUUAAUGGACUUUUUAGUUGGUUGCCGACAACUAGGAAUACAAGAUUUGGGAUAAAUUAAUCUAAGAUCUCAGAGAUCAAGUCAAGCAGCAAACCAAUCAACUAUCUAAAAUAUUAGACUCAUUGUAGCAAAUCUCAAAACUAAUCGAUUCUGAAGCAAAGCAAAAGAAAAUCAUCAUCAAUUCAAACAAUUCAGACCCAUAAAAUGAUGGUUUCAAUAAUAUAUCCAAAAAGAUCAAAGCAGAAGGUCGAGAACUGGACACUUAACAACAAUAAGAUGAAUUUUUCAAAGCAGAACAGUAACAAUCUAUUAGAUUGCUUAGAAUGCUAGAAAAUAACUCUGACAGCGAAGAUUCAGAACCAAAAAUUAUUCAUCAAGUUUAACAAUAAAUACCUAUUCCAUAAUCUUAAACUACACCAUAGUUAUAAUAAUAACCCUUUUUGUUUGCAUAGCCAGAUAGAAAAUAUGUUUCAGUGACUGAGUAAUUUAAGGAUUCAGAUAUAGCAAAAUCAGGGUAAGUUAGAGAAAAAAGGAAAUAUGUCAAAAAAGCAGAUAAAUUGGCGAUGAUGGGUCAAAAGAGAAUUUAUAGAAGGAAAACAUAUGAUAGAUUUAAAUUUAAUACAAAUUAAUGUAUUGCAGUGUUUAAAGAGAUGUUAGAUUGA